AUGCCCGUCGUCAAAGGAGGCGUGUGGACGAACAUCGAGGAUGAAAUCCUCAAGGCUUCAGUAUCCAAGUAUGGUCUUAAUCAAUGGGCGCGUGUCUCGUCGCUGCUGGCGCGCAAGACGCCCAAGCAGUGCAAGGCUCGAUGGAACGAAUGGCUAGACCCCAGCAUCAAGAAGAUCGAAUGGAGCAAGGAGGAGGAUGAGAGACUUCUGCAUCUUGCUAAGAUUAUGCCAACUCAAUGGCGCACCAUCGCUCCUAUUGUUGGCCGAACCGCGAACCAGUGCCUCGAACGAUAUCAGAAGCUCCUCGAUGAAGCCGAAUCCAAAGAAUCAUCCAGCCUUGGCUUGAUGGGCCCCGAAGGAGGCGAGACGCAAGCGCCCAGUGCCGAUGAUGUUCGAAGAUUGCGACCCGGCGAGUUGGAUCCCGAUCCUGAGACAAAGCCUGCACGACCCGACACUAUCGAUCUCGACGAGGACGAAAAGGAGAUGCUGAGUGAAGCUCGUGCUCGUCUUGCCAACACACAGGGUAAAAAGGCCAAGAGAAAAGCUCGAGAGCGUCAGCAGGAGGAGUCGCGUCGUCUUGCUGCCCUUCAAAAAAGGCGAGAGCUCAAGACAGCCGGCAUUAACAUCAAGGUCACGAGCAGAAAGAAGGGUGAGAUGGACUAUAACGCCGAUAUCCCCUUCGAGAGGAAGGCAUUGAACGGUUUCUACGACACUGCGGAGGAGAUGGCACAGAACGAAGCGCAACGUGCAGCCUUCGAUCCCCGAAAACAACAAUUAGCCAACAAGCGCAAGGGCGAGGGCGAAGAGGACAACGAUCGAAAGCGAAAGAAGACCGAUAAGGAAGGGGCGUCAGAAUCAUACAAGGCCGCCCUGAAGGCUGGUCAACUGCAGAAAAUCCGAGAAGCUGAGCAGAGCAGCAAGCGUCGAGGAUUAGUCUUGCCUUCUCCCCAAGUCAGCGAGGGCGAGUUGGAGGAUAUCGUCAAGAUGGGCAGAAUGGGUGAAGCUGCCAACCUACGGGCAAGAGAAAGCGAAAAUGACGCUACUCGAGGACUUGUCAACACAUAUUCUACCCUCAACGCGGGUACCCCUAUUCGAACACCAAAGGCACCUGAGCAAGAAGAUCACAUCGCCAACGAGAUUCGAAAUAUCAGAGCGCUGAAUGACACAAAUUCUGCCCUUCUGGGUGGUGAGAACACUCCUCUCCAUGAAGGUACAUCAUCGACUGGCUUUGAUGGUAUCACUCCUCGAAGACAGAAUAUUUCCACACCCAACCCAAUGGCUACUCCUUUGAGAGCAGAUGGAGUUGGAGCUACGCCCGGUCGACCGGGACAGACGCCUAUGCGAACACCAAGAGACACUCUGUCGUUGAAUCAGGAUGGGGGCAUGUCAAUGGUCUCUGCUACUCCCAGGGACCUCAGAUUGAGAGACCUGGCUGUGCGUAACCAGGUCAAGUCAGGCCUAGCUUCUCUCCCCAAACCAAAGGAUACCGAAUGGGAAUUCGAUAUUCCUGAUGAAGAAAAGGAGCUUAUGGAAGUUGACGAAAUGACCGAGGAGGAUGCAGCAGAGCGGGAUCGUCGGGAACGCGAGAGGCGGGAAGCAGAAGAAGCCCUCGAAUUCCGAAGACGCACCCAGGUUAUGCAAAAGAACCUCCCUCGGCCAGUCCGUGUCGAUCUACCAAGUCUAUUGAAACAGGCCAGCAGCAUCACCGACGUUGCUGAGUCUCUUAUCGCUAAGGAGUCAGCGAACCUCAUGGCCAAUGAUGCGAUGAGGUACCCUGUCCCUGGCGGCCAAGUCAACGGUGCCCCCAAGCCAUUACAACUAAUCGAUGACGACGCCCUCGCUGAGGCUCGUCUGUUAAUUUUGUCGGAAACCAAGCCCCUUCCCAAGUUUGAAGAUGUCCAAACUGCUUUUGAAGCACGCGCAAGCAGCUCGUUGCUCCUGGGCCUAGGCUGCUACAAUGACGAUGACGAGGAAGAGCAAGGGGCAGUUAUGAAGCAAGCUUUUGAUGCUGUUCAAGAUUCCAUCAUGGCUUCUGCCGAGGCAGGCGCCAAGCUCGAGAAGAAGUUAUCACUUCAUCUGGGCGGUUAUCAGAAGCGUCAGAAGAUGCUACGCGACAAGAUGGGCGACGCAUCCGACGCUCUGGAGAAGGCACGUGUUGCUCUGGCUGGAUUCAAGACACUGGCUAUUUCAGAGGACGUGGCGAUUGAGCGACGACUUGGUGCUCUUCGUGAGGAGGUAGGAUUUGUGAAUAAGCGUGAGAGAGAAGCACAGGAAGACUACAGAAAAGCUAGGGAGGAACUGGACGCGCUCAUGGCCACGGGAGUCAAUGGGGUUCAUUAA